GGCACACUCUGACCACAUCACUUCUGCACUAAUCCAUGGGCAGAGGCUCUACAUGUGUAGGAUGGGACAGCUUUAGGGAGAAUCCUCACUGGGGACUGGGAAUGCCUCUGCCAGGGACUGACAAGCAAGAGGGAGGAGGUUUCCAGGGGUCCUUCUCAUUGCAGGACCAUUGGCCCGAAAAUAGCCCACCAGGAAGCCGUAACCAGAGCUAGGCUAGAGAUCUGACUCCAGGGUUCAGCCCCCAGGAUGCAGUUCGUCACCAGGGCCGGAGCGUGGAAGGUGAUGAGAAAACGCGCCCAGAUCAGCGGCACCCGGUCCCCGCCCCAGCCGGGCUUGCUCUCCAGCCCAUCGCGUCAUCAGGAGGGUGUGCCACAGAUCACAACGUGGACAACACCACAGCGAUGUUGAGGGAGUGGCUGGCUGCUGUGGGCCGCGACUAUGCGGCUGUCGUCUGGAAGCCUGAGGAGGAGGCCAGGCCCUACCCAGAUGAACAGAGCCCCAAGCACUGGACCAGAGAAAGACAUCAGUUUGUGAUGGAGCUGAAGCAGGAAGCCCUGACCUUUGCCAGGGCCUGGGGAGCUGACUACAUCCUGUUCGCAGACACAGACAACAUUCUCACCAACAACCAGACUCUGCGGCUUCUCACAGCGCGGCAGUUGCCGGUGGUGGCCCCAAUGCUGGACUCCCAGACCUACUACUCCAACUUCUGGUGCGGAAUCACGCCCCAGGGCUACUAUCGCCGCACAGCUGAAUACUUCCCUACCAAGAACCGCCAGCGCCAGGGCUGCUUCCGGGUCCCUAUGGUCCACUCUACCUUCCUGGUGUCCUUGAAGACUGAGGAGUCAGCCCAGCUGGCUUUCUACCCACCUCAUCCCAACUACACUUGGCCUUUUGACGACAUCAUUGUCUUCGCCUAUGCCUGUCAGGCUGCUGGGGUCUCGGUGCAAGUGUGCAAUGACCAUCGCUACGGGUACAUGAACGUGGCAGUGAAGCCCCAUGAGGGGCUGGAGGAAGAGAAGACCAACUUCAUCCAUCUGAUUCUGGAAGCACUGGUGGAUGGACCCCCUAUGCUGGCCUCAGCUCAUGUGUCUCGGCCCCCAAAGAAGCCCAACAAGAUGGGAUUUGAUGAAGUCUUUGUCAUCAGCCUGGCCCGCAGACCCCAGCGCCGGGCUCGGAUGCUGACCUCUCUCUGGGAGAUGGAGAUCUCUGCUCAGGUAGUAGAUGCUGUGGAUGGCAGGACACUCAACAGCAGCAUCCUUAAGCACCUGGGUGUGGACCUGCUCCCUGGCUACCAGGACCCUUACUCGGGCCGCACACUGACCAAGGGUGAGGUGGGCUGCUUCCUCAGCCACUACUCCAUCUGGGAAGAGGUGGUUGUCAGGGGCCUGGCCAGGGUUGUGGUGUUUGAGGAUGACGUCCGCUUUGAGGACAACUUCCGGAGGCGGCUGGAACGGCUGAUGGAGGACGUGGUGACCCAGAAGCUUUCGUGGGACCUGAUCUACCUUGGCCGGAAGCAGGUGAACCCUGAGGAGGAGGUGGCCGUGGAGGGUCUGCCGGGUCUGGUGGUGGCUGGGUACUCCUACUGGACAUUAGCAUACACCUUGAGCCUGGCAGGCGCUCGCAAACUGUUAGCCUCCCGGCCUCUGCAACGCAUGCUGCCUGUGGAUGAGUUCCUGCCCAUCAUGUUUGAUCAACACCCAAAUGACCAGUACAAGGCAUACUUCUGGCCUCGGGACCUCCAAGCCUUCUCAGCCCGGCCUCUGCUUGCCUCCCCCACCCACUAUGCGGGAGAUGCUGAGUGGCUCAGUGACACAGAGACAUCUUCCCCCUGGGAUGAUGACAGUGGCCGCCUCAUUAGCUGGACUGGCUCUCAGAAGACUCUUCGCGGCUCCCACCUGCACCUGGCUGGCAGCAGUGGAUAUAGCCUCCAUCCUCACCCCAGGGAUGAGCUCUAGGUGAGGCUGGGCCUGGAAGAGGACCAGUCCGUGGUCCCUUUCUUUCUACCUUAGCUCCCUGCUUCUCUUCCCUUCUCCUACUCCACCCCCAUCUCUUGAGCUUUUCCUCUUGAUUUCUCUAGCUUUGUCUCCAUCUGUCUUGUGUUUGUCUGUCUGCCUCUCUCCACAGCUGUUGGUGUCUCUGUCUGACUCUCCCUUGCUCCCUUCUUGCCCCCUCAGCCUCUAGCCGAUGAGGUCUGAGUUGGAACUCCAAAGGAGCAACAAGAACAGAGAGGAGAGUCUCAGCAGAAGCCUGACUGUUCUCUUGGGCUCCACCAUCUUCCACUUCUGGAGCCCUCCCAGGUUGGGAGAGCUAUUCUGAGAUAGUCCAUUCCCUGAAUGUCAGAAUGAGAAGACAAGACUCAGACUCUUGAUUCCACACACAGAUUUGGAGCCCAGUGGGCUCAGGAACAAGGGAGGCCCCAGCCUUUGGGUUUCAAGCUGGCCAGACCCUAGAAUCCUGACUCCUGCCCUCUCUGAGGACUCAGCUGCCUCCAUCUACCUCCACCUCAGCCCCGUCCCUGGCUUCACAUCUGGGGCUCACGAGCACCCUUCUCCCUGGCUGGCAGAAAGUGCGGGAAGGCGGGAGGCACACCUGGUGCCUGGCACACAGUAGGCCUUCAAUAAAAGUCCUCUGCGUUGGUACUUUA